AUUACCUUUGUUGCCACAGAGAUUUCUUCUUCUCUACUUUUUCGCCACCAUCUCUUUCUCUCUCUCUAUCUCUCUCUUAACUUUCAACUAUGUCCGGUGAAAACUGGAUUCUAGUGGCCAUGUCCGACGAUUCCUUCGUGGCUGAGGCGCUGCUUUGUCUCCGCCACUCCGAACCGAAGAAGAGCGUCGUCGAGGCGUCCCCUCUCAAGCUGAAAUGGAGCGUGCGUCAACGUAGAUCGAAGAAAGGAGACCAAACGCGUGCCAGCCCCACCACUCCACUCUCCUGGAGCGGUGCCACGUCUCUUAGCGGCGGCGGCGGCACCGUGGAAGGUCUCGAGGAGUCUAGUGCCGCCGUAAAACCUUCUGAGGCCGUUAGAUCUAAGAUUUCUCAAACGAGUGCAAUAACAACAAUAGCAACAACCACCCUUUUGAAGAGAUCAAGAAAGAAAAAGACUUUGGCUGAGCUUAAAGAAGAAGAGAUCAUGCUCUUGAAGGAAAGUAACGGCCUGAAAAAUGAAUUGGCAAGUAUGCGCGAUUUGGUUGAGCAACAAAGAGAAAGAAACAAAGCUCUAAAGAAGAUGAAGGCUGAAUCACAAUCUGCCUUAUCCUGCAAACUUGCUUUCGAACAAGGUUCCUCCUUCUUGCUCCCUGACCUAAACAUGCCUAUAGAUAACGACCCGAGCCCUGAAGUUGUCUGCUGAACGGGCGAGAUGAUCAUUCUUUUGUUUUUCCCAGCACAAAAACUAUACCACUAUACCUCCUUCCACAAACAUGUUCUUUUCUUUUAACUGGUAGUAACUAUAUGAAUAUGAAGAACGUAGAUUAAUCCUAUAUAUAUAUCAUCCUUCACCCCAUUUCCCGUGGACGCUGAAGAAGAUUCGCCUGUAGGUGUGAAGUGGUUCGAGUUUAUGGUUACGUGUUGUCUGACAUAUUUUCUUCUUUAGCCUGGUAGUAAGAUUUUUGCUCUGACAUUCUCCUAAAUGAUUCUUAUCUGUCUCCCAUUGUCUUAGAAUGAGAUGUAAUUAUCUACAUAGAUAAUAGAUGUACACUUGUUCUUCUUCUUUUUUAUUUUUAUCUCUCUGGUAAGAUGUAUUGCAAGAUUACAUCGACUUUUAUAAUCAAUGUAACAUGUUACAAAACAUUUUACUAUUUUGUAA